UCCCCGCAGUCCUGUUCGUCCGCUGCGCCGGCCAAGUCGUCCUGGGGCACGUCAUGGCGCUCUUAGUCACGGCCGGCGGCGCCCUCUUCGUCGUCCUGGCCGCGGCCGCGAGUCAACAACUCGCCCUGCGCGACGGGCCCGAGAUGAGGCUGGAGGCCCUGGACCUGCAGGCGAGGCUCGUCCGCGGCGACGUGUACCGCACCCUGGACGCGGUGGAGAGGCUGGCUCAGUUCCUGGACUUGCACGAGGACAUCAUGACCAAAGACCUCGCCCUGGGGGCCGCCAUUUCCGAGAGUGCGGUCCAAAUGGCACUCCUCGCGCUGCGCUCUGCGGGCCCCGGACUGCCUGCCGAGCUCGACGCCCUGGCGGCGCGCCUCGGCGACCUGGCCGCGGUGCUGCGCAAGGCCACGCGCGCCAAGGUGGACGACGACGACGAUGGUGAGUCCGAGGCCUACACUCUAAAUCUGGCGCUGCGGGGCUCGCCGACGGAGGCGGAGAGCGCGCACUGCAUCGGCCUGCUGCUGCAGCGGCCGUGCCGCCUGUCGGAGCAGUGCGUGCGCACGGAGACGCGGGCCGCCGCCUCGGGGUACACCGCCACGCACCGGCUCCUGUUCCACCACGUCGCGAGCAAGGUGGGGUGCGGGGACACCGCCGUGGGGGUCGGCUCCGAAGAGGCCAUCGCGCACCUGUGCCGGCGGAUCCUGCUGGAGGCGACUGCCAUCGCCAACGCCCAGUUCCCGCCGCUGUUGAGGGACUUGUUCGCCGAGCAGGUGGCGCUGUGCGGGCUGCGGAACUUCGCGGAAUUCGCGCGCCGCUCCUGGCUGGACGAGGUCCUCUCCUGGCAGAGGCCGGCGGGCUGCUUCGGGAACUACACCGAGCUGCAAGGGGCGGCCCAGCCCUUCCACGUACUAGCUGACAACGCUCGCCUGGACGACCGCCUGGGCAGCGAGUGCGUGUCCCACCUGACCGGCGUGGCGGCCGCCGCCGUGGCCUUCAACAUGCGCGUCCUGGUGGACGAGCUGCUGCAGGACCUGCAGGACGAGCAAGAGGGGAGCAGUGGCGCCGCGGCCAUCGACUAGUCGAUGUUCAUCAGUCCAUCAUUUUAUUAAUUUGUUAUUUGUACAUGUAGGAAAAGUAGGUUUUGGGUCGUAGGUCGACGGUAGGCAAACAAUCGGAAAAAUAAAUUAAAAGAUAUG